UACACAUUAUCCAGAGCCUCUAUAGACUCCUUUUGCUGUAAACACUGUAUUGUCAGAGAAAAUGCAGUGUUUACAUUACAGCCUAGGAAUACCUCCAAGUGGCCACUCCUAACAUGGCUGCUAGAGGUGCUUCCUGGGGCAGUGCUGCACAGUGUGACUGACAUUCAGUGUCUCCUCCCACUGCAUGCAGACACUGAACUUUCCUCAUAGAGAUUCAUUGAUUCAAUUCACCUCUAUGAGGAGAUGCUGAUUGGCCGGGGCUGUGUUUGAAUCAUGCUGGCUCUGCCCCUGAUCUGUCUUCUUGUCAGUCUCAGCCAAUCCUAUGGAGAAGCAUUGUGGACUAGAUGGUGGUUUUAACACUAUAGGGUUUGUUUUGCCAACUGUAAAUGUGCCUGUUAGACAUCUUACUGAAAAAGCAGAGGAAGGAGAUAUCCGCUUGGCAGAGAGCGCAGUGACGAGGCUUCGAGAGGUCACAAAGGAUUCCGAAUUUCUUCGCCUGCAAGUGGAGAGUGGCGGCUGCUCUGGAUUUCAGUAUCGAUUCUCCUUUGAUUCGGAAAUAAAUGAAGAUGACAAGGUGUUUGGGGAGAGCGGUGCCCGUGUGGUGGUAGAUGUGCAGAGCCUGGAGCUGGUAAGAGGCAGUACGGUGGAGUAUUGCACAGAGCUGAUUAGAAGUUCCUUCCAGCUGCUUCACAACCCACAAGCCGCACAGGGGUGCUCCUGUGGGGCGUCCUUCUCAAUCAAACUGUGACUGACUGACUCCCACGAAGUUACGCUCUUCAAUGCAAAACUCUGUAUAUUUUUGUAUGUAAAUAAAGAGUAUUAAUCCUGA